AUGUCUUCGAAGCUCUCGUUCGCCGAUCUCGUUCUACCAUCGGGAGAGGUCAUUCAGCUAUGCGCCGACUCAACGAAAUACCCUGAAGCAUCUGCACUCUUUCGAAGUAUUCGCGCAACAAGCCCCGUUGUCGUCAGCACCGAAAGCGAAGCGAGCCCAAGCCCAGACACCGAGAAGCAACCUUCCAAGCGAACCUUUUAUGUCAAAGACAUCCGACCUUUGAACGACGUACAGCAAAACCUCAUUGUAACACCCGACGUCAUAUUCCCCGACACCAAGCGCCACUACCAACUCCGCCAUCACCCAGAGCUCCUCGCAAGACUUCAAUUCCGAUCAUGGCUCAAAGCACAAUUGACAGCCGGUCUACAAGAGAAGGGCUUCACCGACAUCGAGACCCCAACACUAUUCAAGUCAACACCCGAAGGCGCACGAGAAUUCCUCGUACCGACCCGCCGACCCGGUUACGCAUACGCUCUCACACAGAGUCCCCAGCAGUACAAGCAGGUCCUCAUGGCGAGCGGUGUUUCGCGAUACAUGCAGUGGGCGCGCUGCUAUCGUGAUGAGGAUGCUCGUACGGAUCGGCAGCCUGAGUUCACACAGCUUGAUAUGGAGUGGGCGUUUGCGAAUGCGGAGGUGGUGAGGAGGGAUGUUACGGAUAUUGUGUUGCGGUCGCUGGAGGCUUUGAGGCCGGCGCAUAGCUACAAGGACAUCCGGGGAAGUCGUGUGCCUGUGAUUGCAGACAUUCCUGAAGGUUCUCGCCCGGAGAAUGAACCAGUUCAGCACAAGGUCACGACACUUACGUUCCAGGAGUGUAUUUCGAUGUACGGAACCGACAAGCCUGACUUGCGGCUCCCAGGAAGAAUCCACGCGAUACCGAACGAAAUGUGCGAACAGUUCGCCAGCAUGAUGACAUACCUCAAAGACCCCCUCAUCGAAGCCUUCCACAUCCCCGUCAAAGAUCUUGAGGACGACAUCCCACGACCCAAGCGCUUCACCGAAGAGUUCAUCGAAUCACUACCGAAACACCUUCGCGAGAACAAAGACGGCAUGCCAGUGAUCCUAGUCUGCGACUCCCGACAACCCCGCGGCGGCUUCUCUUCCCUCGGUGUAGAAUGUGAUGAAAUCGUCAACAUCGCAACAGGCGGAAAGGGGGUUCUAGAAGGUGACAUCCUCGUCUUCCAAGCCCGCGAGAAGCCAGAAGGUCAAUACUACCGCGCCUCCACAGCAAUAGGCGAAAUCCGCAACGAGCUGUACAAGAAACUUCUCGCCAACGGUCUAGUAGAAGACCUCCCCGCGCCCGGUACUCCUGAUUCAAUGCAAUUCGUCUGGGUAACCGACUUUCCCAUGUUCAAACCCACCGGCGAGGACAACGACCCAGGCCAAGAAGGCUCCGCCGGCAUCGCAGCAGCCCACCACCCCUUCACAGCCCCCAAAUCCAAGCACGAUCUCGAACUCCUCUUCACAGACCCGCUACAAGCCAAGAGCGCAGCAUACGAUCUCGUCCUCAACGGCGUAGAAGUCGGCGGCGGCAGCGAGCGCAUCCACAUCCCCGCCGUGCAAGAGUUCAUCAUGCGAGAUAUCCUCAAGAUGAAGGAUAGUAGGAUUGCAGACUUUGCGCAUUUGUUUGAUGCGCUGAAGGCAGGGUGUCCGCCGCAUGCGGGGUUUGCGCUGGGGUUUGAUCGGUUGGUUGCGCUGUUGACGGAUACGACUACUGUGAGGGAUGUUAUUGCGUUUCCGAAGACGAUGAAGGGUGAGGAUCCGUUUGUCAAGGCGCCGACGAGGGUUACGGCGGAGCAGCUUGCGCCGUAUGGGUUGCAGUUGAAGGGGAAGCAGUGA